AAUAUAUUUUAUUUUAAAAAAGCCGGGAAUCACCGGCGUUGUUUUUUCGUCGACGAUUUUUCUGAGAUUAAACAUGGAAAGAGAGAUAGAGAGAGAGAGAGAUUCCAUCUCGAAGAUUAUCGCCAUGGAAGAAUUUCUAAAGGAGUUUGGAGAUUAUUAUGGAUACCCAGAUGGUCCUAAGAGCAUCACUGAGAUCCGCGAGACUGAGUUCAAGAGAUUAGACCAAGGUGUUGUGUAUUUGGAUCAUGCUGGUUCUACUUUGUAUUCUGAGUUGCAGAUGGAAAAUAUAUUCAACGACUUUACAAGCAGUGUUUAUGGAAAUCCACAUAGUCAAAGUGAUAUCAGUUCAACGACCAGUGAAAUUAUAGCUGAUGCUCGGCGUCAGGUACUUGAAUACUUCAAUGCAUCUCCUGAAGACUACAGCUGCGUAUUCACGUCCGGAGCCACAGCAGCGCUGAAGAUUGUCGGGGAGACAUUUCCGUGGACUCAGGACAGCAAUUUUGUGUAUACCAUGGAGAACCACAACAGUGUACUUGGUAUUAGGGAAUAUGCGUUGGGUAAAGGUGCUUCAGCAUGUGCAGUGGAUAUUGAAGAGGCAGCUAACCAGCCUGGUCAGCUAGCAAGUUCAGGACCAUUUAUCAAGGUAAAGCCUCGUGCUGUGCAGACGAGAAACACUUCUAAACUCCAAAACGAAGAGUCAAGAGGAGAUGCCUGUAAUCUAUUUGCCUUCCCUUCGGAGUGCAAUUUUACCGGCUUGAGGUUCAACCUCGAUCUGGUGAACUUGAUUAAAGAAAAUAAUGAAGCUAUCCUAGAAGGCACUCCCUUUGCCAAGAGCAAACGGUGGAUGGUUUUGAUUGAUGCUGCAAAAGGCUGUGCUACACAACCACCUAAUUUAUCGGAGUUCCCUGCAGAUUUUGUUGUUUUGUCAUUCUACAAGUUGUUUGGUUAUCCUACUGGGCUUGGUGCUCUCCUUGUACGGAAUGAUGCUGCCAAAUUGCUUAAAAAGACUUACUUCAGUGGAGGAACGGUUGCUGCUGCAAUUGCUGACAUUGACUUUGUUAAAAAAAGAGAAAGGGUGGAGGAGUUUUUUGAGGAUGGUUCUGCUUCGUUCUUGAGCAUAGCAGCCAUCCGCCAUGGCUUCAGAUUACUCAAGUCCCUUACUACUUCAGCAAUUUGGAUGCACACAACAUCACUUUCCAUGUACGUGAAGAAGAAACUUCAGGCAUUAAGACAUGGAAACGGAGCUGGUGUAUGUGUUCUGUAUGGCAGCGAAAAUCUGAACUUAUCUUCACAUAAAUCAGGCCCAACGGUUACAUUCAACUUGAAGAGACCUGAUGGCUCUUGGUUUGGCUACCUGGAGGUGGAAAAGCUUGCUUCUCUAUCUGGAAUUCAGUUACGGGUAUAUUUUGCAAACACAACAGGAUGCUUCUGCAAUCCUGGUGCAUGUGCAAAGUAUCUCGACUUGUCGCAUUCUGAUUUACUGUCUAAUGUUGAGGCUGGGCAUGUUUGCUGGGAUGACAAUGAUGUGAUAAACGGAAAACCAACAGGAGCUGUUAGAGUUUCGUUUGGUUAUAUGUCAACCUUUGAAGAGGCCAAGAAAUUUAUUGAUUUUAUCGUAAGUUCAUUUGUUUCACCUCCAACGAAGAUUGGGAAUGGAAUUGCCGUCAAUGGAAGGUUUGCUCAACUUUCUAGUGAAGAACUUGAAAGUAAAGAAUCCAAUCCAGGCUACUACCUUAAAUCAGUUACCAUAUAUCCAAUCAAGUCAUGUGCUGGAUUUUCUGUAAAUCGUUGGCCGCUUUGCAGAACAGGCCUGUUGCAUGAUCGGGAAUGGAUGAUUCAGGGUCUGACGGGUGAACUUAUUACCCAAAAGAAGGUGCCUGAGAUGUCUCUUAUUAGCACCUUUAUCGACCUGGAGGAAGGACUAUUGGUUGUAGAAUCGUCUCGCUGCAAAGACAAGUUGUACAUCAAAAUCAAGUCUAAUUCAUAUAAUCCAAGGAGCGAUAAAUUCGAUGCACAUGACAACAUACUCGAAAAUCACAACGAGGAAACAAGAAUCAAUUGUUGGUUCACCAAUGCCAUUGGUCGGCAAUGCAAGUUGUUACAGUACUCUAGCUCUACUUCCAAACACUGCUUGAACAGAAACAAGAGUCCUGGGUUGUGCAGAGUUUUGGAAAGCAAUAUCAACUUUGCUAACGAAGCUCAGUUCUUGUUGAUCUCCGAGGAGAGUGUUGCUGAUCUGAACAUAAGAUUAGAAGCAAAAGGCAAGGAUUCCAACCGAGAUCUUGAGAAACUAAAUCCACAUAGGUUUAGACCAAAUCUGGUUAUAGCCGGAGGUGAACCAUACGCAGAAGAUAAAUGGAGAACUCUCAAGAUAGGAGACGGUAGUUUCACGUCGUUGGGCGGUUGUAAUCGGUGCCAGAUGAUAAACAUAAGUAACGAAAGUGGACAAGUGAAGAAAUCCAACGAGCCCUUGACAACAUUAGCUUCAUAUAGGAGAGUAAAGGGAAAGAUCUUGUUUGGAACUCUUCUGAGAUAUGAGCAUGAUGCAAAAGUGGAGUCUUGGAUUCGAGUUGGGGAAGCAGUAAAUCCAGAUAGAGAAUAGGUUCAAGCUUGAACCUUCAUUCAUGUGUGUGUGUGUGUGUAUACCAAUAAUUGCAUAAAAAAACUAGAAAACCACAGGAAGACAACAUGCAUUUCAGAAAAUAUGUUACUUGAUUUGUA